AACGAAAGCACGUCGGUGUCGUCGUGCAUACAGGGCGCCCUGGUGCUGGCGGCGAGUUUAAAGAGUCUCAGUUGGAGUGAAAACAGUAAGCUGCUUUAUGUCCGCUUCUCUAACGUUACAUCGUACACAUUUAAUCUGAACCAGAGGGGAUGCCGCGAGACAGCAUGCCACUGCAGGAUCUGCCCUGCUUCAGUCUUCAGAGCUAUCCGUUGUCUCAGUCCAAGAACAGCAACAAACGCAAGUCGAGAGGCUGUCUCAGCGAGGGCCUGGACACUGAAUGCACCCCAACAGAGCUCAUCCAGCAGUGGUCACCAAGCCACAAGCAUCAGCGGCUCAUCAGCAAGGGGAAAGAGAAUGACGGCAACCAGUUUGUCAUCGGCAGGAGAUCAAGAAGGAAAAAAGAAUCCACGUCGGGUAUUUCGUGGGACCACCUACCCGAUGAGCUGCUUCUCAGGAUCCUCUUCUGCCUCCCUCUGCAGGACCUCCUCAGGUUGUCCACAGUGUGCAAGCGCUGGCAUCGCUUGGCGUUUGAUGAGUCUCUGUGGCGCAGUGUGGACCUGGAGGGGCUGACCCACGUCGAUCCUGCUCUGAGCCAGGUGCUGAAGACUGGAGUCCGCAGGCUGCGCUGUCCUCGCUCCUUCGUGGAAGAGCUGCAUUUCGCAGGCUCAGGCCCGCUGCAGAUAGUUGAGAUGGAUCUGUCCAGCUCCAUCAUCCCCACCUCGGCCCUUGAGAGCAUCAUCUGUCGCUGCAGGCUUCUCGAGUAUCUGAGCCUUGAGGGCUUGCCGCUCUCAGACGCCAUCAUCAGCUCUCUGUCCAAGAACCCAAACCUGUUGCAGCUCAACCUGAGUGGCUGCUCUGGCUUCUCUGCUCCUGCUCUGGCUGACAUGCUCAAAUCCUGCUGCAGUAUAGAGCAACUGAACAUAUCAUGGUGUGACUUCAACAGUAAUCAUGUGAAGAGUGUUGUUGAUACUGUGAGCUCCAGUGUUACUCACCUCAACCUCAGUGGUUACAGGGAGAACCUCACGCUCGACCAUGUGAAGGUGCUAGUGACGAGAUGCCCCCACAUUCAGACUCUAGAUUUAAGUGACAGCACUUUGCUGAUGGCCGACAGCUUCGCGGUCCUCAAACAGCUGAAGCAUCUGCUGCAUCUGUCCCUGAGUCGCUGCUAUCACAUUCACCUUGCCGCACUCAAUGACCUUGGUAAGAUGGUCCCCACGCUGUAUCUGCUGGACGUGUUUGGCAUCGUACUCAACAGCCACCUGGCCUCUCUGAAGAAGGAGAUGCCUCACGUCUCCAUUAACUCCAGGCCGUUCUCCUUCGUCGCCCGGCCCACGCCAGCAAGCAGGCUCUGCGACCGCACCAUGUGGAACAGGAAGUGUCAGCUGAGGUUCAAACUGUAAUCGCCACACACAUACACACACCAAGAUCUUUUUUUUUUUUUUUUUUUUUUUUUAAAGAUAAGAUUCAUUGUUUCUGAUUGAUUGAUCCUGCAGUGUUCUGACAGGUGUGGGAGUCUGGUCCAUUUUGCAGUGAUGUUUCAGUGUUUGGUGCUGCUACAGAAGGUGCUUUUAGUGUUUGGUGGCAUUUAACAGUUCUAAAGGUCACAGACUUCGAAGGCCGAAUGAGUAGGUGUUUGCAAAGAGAAAAAAAAAAGAUUCAUAUAAAAAAUAAUCUCUCAGUAAUCAUUUGUGACCCACUAGAAGUGACUAUGUCUGUAUCUGCUGCUUUGUGAAUGUAUUUUCUGAUUUUUGUCAUGUAUUCCAGAUGAUUCUGGAUGUCAGACAUUGAGCAGUGGGUGUGAGGGCAGGGCUCAUGAUAAAAAAGUUUACAAACCAUAGCCAACAAUUCCUACUCAUUCCGCUUUCAAGUGCUGCACGUGCAAGCUUGUAGAGAAAUGUAAUACUUUAUUUAGGAAAGUCAUUUGGAUGUUCAAUCCAGUUCUUGUUGGAAUGUGUUAACAGACUUUUAGUGAAUUUUGAAUCUGUUUUGGGUUCGAAUAAUGUUAAUUUAAAAUAUUUUGUAAGGGAAACUUGGUCUAAAAUGGCUCAGUUGGAGGAUGUCUAAAUAUUUGGGGCAAUUGAUUCCUUGGACAUUUUAAUAAUACUGAUGGCUGAUGUUCACAGCUGUGAUAAUGAGAGAACAGUUGAUUUUAAUCAGUGAUUUUCAUGGUUUUAAUGUAAAACACGCACGAAGAAGUGGGACGUGUGACCUGGCUGUGGACCCACGCUGUGUUCAUACGGGUUAUGAACGUAGUGUUGGUUCAGGUUGGGGUUAUCAAACUUCUCUCCAGCCGCUUUUAAAGAUGAGCUCAUGUCACUGUGGAUAUGCUGAACGAUCAGUGCUCCGUGUUACCGUUCCGUUCACGUGUGAUACGACUUUAAUGGAACAUGAGUUUUAACUUGUAAGUUGUUCAGUUUUCCCUUCUGAGUCUGAACAAGUAAACCACUGAAUAGACAAA